GUCUAUUCACUCCAGUCUUCGGUUAAAAUUCGCUCAUUUAUGAGUGGAUUCGAAGGGAUCUCUGAAGUAGAGAUGGCUUUAUCGAAAAAGGUGACGAAUGCAGGUGAUUCCAAGUCAUCAUGGGGAGUCGGUGCCGGACGCGAUGCAGUACUUUGCGGAAGUGGCCACACGAAUAUUUCGAUAGACUGAUGGUUGGAAAAACAUCGGUACACUGAUGACGCAUGUAUACGGCGGCGGCGAGGGUCGCGCAAACUUUUGAUAGAACUUGGCGGAUGGAGUGUGGGGCUCGUUGGCCGAGCUGUACGCGAGGCUGUGCGUAUAGACUGCGGGGAGGAGAAAAGAAAGUUUUCGCGAAGGAGGAAGCUGCGUGGAGCGUCACCGAUCUUCCCUGAAAUCCCCCGCUGCCUCGGACGAAGUUUCGUCAUAUAGAUCGUGGAAGGAGAGACAAAGAGGGUAACGCGCGGCGCCGCCGAUUUGGGAGCUAUAAUACAGCCAAGCGAGAAAGCCCGUUGAGCGACGGAACAAAAGUUCGUGCGCUGUACACAAGACGCGGUGCGAUGAUGAGAUCCUCCACCCAAUGCUGCUGCUGCUUUCAAUCAUCCAACUAUCGAGCUGCCUCUUCGACCAAACAUGCGAACAUCCGACGCUGUCUCUUUAUCAGGCGCCUAUUCAUCAGUCGGUCGAGAGGCCCGCGUCGAGGGACACGGAUCAGGGCUGCGAGCCGCCUGAUUACUCGACGUCGAUUUCGAAACACGUCGUCCCGUUCCAUCUACGUGAGCAAGAGUCGUCCUCCAAGGGGCGGGACUAUCCCCGCCAAAACAUGAACAAGGUCGAUGACCGAGGCAGAUCCCCCGGUACGUCGCGACACCUCACGAACACGUCCAUUUGCGCUGCGCCGCCCAGCCCAGAGGAACCCAUCACGCUGGUCGAACUCACCAGCGUGCCGGGCGGCCAGAAUGCGAUGGCCCACCUCAAAAAGCGUAAGCUGGAAGCAGAGUCGGCCACCACGAAGCCGAAGCAGCAGCAGCAACAGCAGCAGCAACAACAGCAGCUCAGCUCGCUGAAUUCCAAGCAGAAGAGCGGCAGCGACAUGGAUGCCCAGCCGGAGCAGGCGGGGGCCAAGCGGCGCAGGAAGAGCGUGCGCGACGAUCAGAAAUCGGUUAACGCGGCGUUCGACGAUCAGAACAAGAACAACAUACCCUUGCCCCAGAAGAAGCGCGUCUUUCCCAACGCGAACUCGGGUAGCCCGGCGCGCAAGGCCAGCAAGAACAAUUGCGAGGAGCCCGAGGACGACGAGACCCUCAUCAGGGAGACUGAGGCCGCGCUGAAAAGCCUCUCCGGCAGCUGGGUGCCCGGACCCAGGGGAUCCUUCUACCAGCGGGGCAACUCCGACGAGGACAGGUACGAGUCGAACUUCGAGAACCUCUUCGAGGAGAAGAAGGACGGGGUGAAGAUGUCGCCGUCGUCCAUGUCGCAGUCGUCGACGACCAGCAACGAGACCGGCUGCUCGCUCAAGGACGUGAUAACGCUGCGGGGCCAGCAGCAGCACAACGCCAGGUUUCAACAGCAGCAGGCUAAGAUGAUGCAGGACGCCUACAAGCAGCAUAACGGCGGCAAGCUCAUGAAGAAGGACGACGAGAUGCAGUGCAUGACCGACUCGAACCAGAACGAGGCGAACAAGCGGCUGGCCAUCAACAGCGGAAGAUCGUCGGGGAGAUCGGCCGCCGGCGACAAGUACUCGAGAUACGAACCGCCGGACUUCAACGAACUCGUCGACGAGUCCUCCAACGAGCUGGAGAUCGACAUGUCCGAUCCGGCGAACGAGCACGAACACCACCUGCGGAACGAGCACCCGGACAAGUGCAAAAACGAGUCCCUCGCCAACAAGCACCAGCAGCAGACCAGCGGCCUCUACGGCUCCUACCAAAGGCCCUACUCCGACGGUCUCAAAGCCACGUCGCCGGUGGGCUCGUCGUUCUCCGUGACCUCGGCCUUCAGGCCGCCCAACAGCAGCGGCAGCGAGAAAACCGGUUGCCGAAGCGUCGCGACGCCGUCCUCCAUCCCGCCGAUGGGCCCGUAUCCGGCCGCGGCGACGUUCGUCGGCUACCCGUCGCCUGGACCGACGAUGCCCGUGCCCCAGCCGGUGCCCGGUAUCUCGCCGCCGGUCGACGACAAGCACGCCUCGACCGUCUCCCUUCUGCAGUUGAAGUCUCCCAAGGAGGAGGCGAUGCCGGUGCAAGCCGCCGCCGUCAGCAACAACCCCAUGAGCGGCAGCGUGCCUAAGGGUACCAGUCCCAGUCACCAGAGUCUCGCGCCGAUCGGCAGUCCCGACGCCAACUCCAAGCAGUACACGAUCCUGCAGCCGGCGGGCGUCGGUUCGCGGGCUGCCAGCGCCAUCCAAGACAUCGCCAGAGAGGGCGUCGUCAGCGUCGCCGCGGUCAGCAGCACGAACGGCUCGGCGAACAACAAUGCCAACAAGCAGCCUGGUAGCAACGGUCCCGUCGUCAAUCCGACAGUCAGCAGCAACGGCAACAGCAGCAUCGCCAUGAGUAACAGCACACCGGCCACGACGACGGCCAACUCCGCGAUGGGAGGCGACGUGUGCACGACUUCGAGCGUCGGCAAUCAACAAGACCCCGCUAUCAAGAUGAACGAGCGGCCGGGAUCUUUCGACGGCACUAGACCCGGAAUGUCCAUGUCGCCCUCCAGUCUUGGCAGGGAGGGCAACAAGUGCCCAACCCCAGGCUGCACGGGCCAGGGUCACGUGACCGGACUCUACUCGCACCACCGCAGCUUAUCCGGUUGUCCGCGCAAAGAUAAAUUAACGCCAGAAAUUCUGGCGAUGCAUGAGACUAUUUUGAAAUGUCCGACGCCUGGUUGCAACGGCCGAGGUCAUGUCAGCUCCAAUCGGAACACGCAUAGGAGCCUGUCCGGAUGCCCCAUUGCCGCGGCUAAUAAACAGGCCGCUCGCGAGGCGCGACACAAGGCUCAAGUGUCAGGUAUACCUCCAGAGUACAUCAGCACGAAUCUGCUUCCUCCGACGCUGGACGGCAAGCUCUACCCUCAGUACGGCACCAACACGCAACAGGACUCCAAGCCAGUGGUCUCCUCUCCCACGUACGACUACUACGCAGCCAACAAAGUAACGGGCAUCAACGUCAAGGCGCCCAAGACUCCAGAGGACAACAGUCAGUCUCGCAACGGCUCGAGCAAGGUCGUCCCCAAGACGGAGAACACUUCAUCGUCCACCAGCUGCUGCAGUUUGCCCAACCGCCAAAACACGACGCAAGAACUGCUGGUCCCCAAGUCCGAAGACUCCAGCUCCUGCAGAGUCGGCCAGAACACGUCACCUCCUCCACCGCCACCGCCUAGCGUGCGCCAGACUUCGGCCUACGACUCUUACCUCAACCAGGAUUCGAACUCGUCGUCCAUGUCGUCAAUGGAGGCGAUGGGCUCGAGGACCGGCUCCCUCGGUGCCACGAUACACCAUCCGAGCCAGCAGCAGCAACAGCCUCAGCAACAACAUCCAGUGGCCCACCACGUGCUUCCGAUGCAGCCCGCGGUUGCCUACCCCAUGCCAAUGGUCGAGGACACGAGGAUGAGCCACCAGAUGGCAGCAGCUCAGCGCUCGCCCUACGAGUCCUCGAUGAUGGCUGCGGCCGCUGGAGCGACUAGCGAGGACAUGUACUCGGCUCACCAGCGCUCGGCCGAACACGCGCGAGCAGCAGCGGUCGGCUACAUGCAGCAUCCGGGCGCCACGAACAUCGCCAGGCCGGUGGUCACCUACUCGAACGACAUCACCGCAAGGGGCUACGAUACGACGGGGGCAGCGAAUCACCGACCAUACGACCCUGGCACCGCGUCAGCCUACGACAGGUACGAUAGCCAGGCCUGCGCACCGCUGCAGCCCCAACAACAGCAACAACAGCAACUGCACUCGAGGACGAACAUGUACUACUUGGGACAGACAGGCAUGACGCCAGAGGAACAGGAGAGGGUCUAUCACCAGGAGGCUGCCGCCGCGGCUCAGCAGCACCAGAUGGCCAUGGCCGCGGCUACCGUAGCCGGCAUGAUGAAGACGGAGGACGAUCCAAACCUCUUUUACGUAGACGAUAGCGAUGUCAUUAGCUGUGAAAAGUUAAAGAGAGUCUCGCUUAAAGUGAAAUGCGUGACAGUCGCGCAAGUCCAACAGAUGCAGAAGCCCAGCGGUCCUCCAACCUCGCCCGGUGGAUCCGUCAUGGAUUUGUCAACCUCGAGCGUGACGUCGACCAGUCCACAGGCACCGCCCUACGGAUCGAACAGUCUCAGUCCGCAGUACGGCGGCGGGCAAACUGUCGGCGGUAGCCCUCAAGCUGCAGCCAGUCCGCACCUAACGGCGAGCCCCCAAGUACCCAGUCCCCAAGGCCAGACCCUCGACCUCAGCGUGAACAGACUGCACAGUGGAGCACCGAGUCCGCAGUACUCGACGGCGCACGGCGAAGGAGUGCCCGUACCCGUGGGUCCAGGAUUCACGGCCCCAAGGCCUAUCGAAGAACAGACCGAACCCGUCGAUUUCAGCACCGCCAACGAGCCCGUCAACUUCAGCGGUGGUAUCAGGCCUGUACCAGGAUUCCCACCACCAGGUGUUCACGCCGCAGCUUAUAGUCGUGAAAGUACUCCAGACAGCGGUGGCUCGCACUACAUGGAUGCCUACAGAGAUCCAACCGGUUACGGGCCGAUGAGUCCUCACCCAGGCUAUGGAAUGACGGGCGUUCAGGCCGAGUACCCAGGCAACACGUACACGCCGUACCCGACAGCGGGCUACCAAUGCGGCGGCAGCUAUCCAGGCGGGCCGGUCACCUCGGGCUACCAGAUACCAGCCGGUUACACGCCUGCCCCGUGCUACAGUAUGCCUCCGCCUCAGCACACGAUCGGCCCGCUCGACAAGCCCAACGGCAAGGACGAAAGUCUGUCGGGAUGCCCGCGAGCCGAUCGCUCGCAGAUCCAGGCGCAUUCGCAGGAGCUCAAAUGUCCAACGCCAGGCUGCGACGGUUCGGGCCAUGUCACCGGCAACUACUCGUCCCAUCGGAGCCUCUCCGGAUGUCCUCGGGCCAACAAGCCCAAGAGCAAGCCUCGCGACGGCCAGGAUUCCGAGCCCCUCAGAUGUCCCAUUCCCGGCUGCGACGGAUCGGGACACGCCACCGGCAAGUUCCUCUCGCACCGCAGCGCAUCGGGCUGCCCCAUCGCGAAUCGCAACAAGAUGAGGGUCCUCGAGUCCGGCGGUACGGUCGAGCAGCACAAAGCCGUGGUCGCAGCGGCCACUGCCAUGAAGUUCGAGGGCGUCAAUUGCCCGACGCCCGGCUGCGACGGCAUCGGCCACAUCAACGGCUCCUUCUCCACGCACAGAUCGCUCUCGGGCUGUCCGAUUGCCGGCCACGCGGUCAAGAAGCCCAAAUUCGAGGACAUGUCUGCCAUGUACAGCAAAGGCAUUACAGGGGUAGACACAGCUCCGCCGCCACCGACUGCCGGGGUCCCGACGAGCUCGGGACCCGUGAUCGGACCGCCGCUGAGCAGCAGCAACAAUCCUAGCCAGCAGCAGCCGGUGCCGAACCAGGGCGAAGACCUGUACACACUGGAAGCCGAGAUAACAGAGCUGCAGCGCGAGAACGCGCGCGUCGAGUCCCAGGUUCUGCGUCUGCGCUCCGACAUCACCGCCAUGGAGAACCAGCUCAAGCACGGGGAGAAGGACAACUCCUCACUAUCACAGCGUAAUAACAACCUGAACGAGUACUACCAGUCUCUGCGCGACAACAUGAUCACCCUGCUGGAGCAUGUGCGAAUACCGAAUGCCACGGGUCCGGCUGGUGUCGUCGCUCCCGAGAAGAUGGGCCACGAGAAUUUCGACAGCUAUCUGACCAAGCUGCAGACUCUCUGCACCGCUGACGGCUACUGCACCGCCGACGACGGCCAGCGUCCCAUCUAUGAGACAGUCAAAACCGCCCUGCAGGACUUCACUGUGCUGCCCACACCCAUCUGAGACCAUCCGCAUCAGGGCCUUUACCGGAGAAACGAUUACGCCUAGCCUCUCGCCUACUACAGGCUUUAGAUCGUCCCACGACCGUCGUGCAUAUUAUUCGUCGCAGCUUCCAGAGAAUUCGGAAAAUUGAUUGUACUUUGUGGGUUUUGGAGCAGCAAAAUUCGCUUCUUCUACUUCUUGAGAGAGGCUCAACAAAAUUGCAUUACAUUUUUUACUACUGCGUGCUAUCUUCUUUUUCGUCUCAUUAUUCCUCGAUGACGUGGUUCAAAACCAGGGUACAAAACAUUUUUACGAAUUCUUCGUGUGACGAGAGUAUAGUUUAAGACUUCUGAUUGAAUGUAAUCUACGGUUAUAUCAAUAUUGUUCUUGUGUAUCAUUCUCGUGGGAUGGUUUCGAGCGCUAGCUGCAUUAAUGCAGCCGUAAUCUCUACAAGAGGCUUAUAUACAUGUCAAACGCGAAACAUUGCGCCCGAGUUUCUAGGCAGUCAUUAACGAGAUAUCGCGUGCGCGCGCAUUGCCAGUCGAGCGAAAUGAGAUCGUCGAGCGGACAGAUGUCUUUCACAAGAUAAGGGCUGUAACGUGCGACACACUGUUCUCCGCGUUACAUCAAUCGUUUAAUGCAACGAUGCUACGCAAGUUGGCUAUUUUUACACAGAUCCAUCUAAAGACUUGCGCUUUGAUGAGGCAAAUGCGAAAAAAGCCGACUGCUUUGAUCUCGCGCGCGGACAACGCUUAUACAGAAUUGGCGGAUUGACGUUCGUAUGCUUGGACGGUAAUAGAAUACGAUUUUCAGAUGGCCCUUCUAUUCAAAAUAUAUACGUGAGUGUAUAAGUGUAAAAACAGAUUAAGUAGAAAAAAAGAAACGAGUUCUGCCGAUGAUGGAGAGAACUCUAAUAGGGACUGCCCGUGCUCAAUUUUAACAUUUUCCGAUAGAAAAAUGAAGGUAUAUUAAUUAUUAUGCGACGUCGACGUUCUUUUGUACAUAUAAUCAUAUAACGUCAUGCAUAAGCAAAAGCGAUUUUACGAAGUAUACUUGUACAUAAAACAUAAUCAUAAGCAAGCUAACUGUAAGACAUUUAUAUAUUACUCGAAGAAAAAAAAAGUAAAGAAAAUCAGAAGUAACAAAUAAAACAAACACAGACACACAAGAGAUAACUUGUAGCGGGGCGAGAGAAAAAAACGUUAUACGGUUAUGCGAUAAGACAUGUAAAAAAAUUUAGCUUAGCUGUAUAUCGAUCCUUACUUGCGCUUAGAAUUAAAUAUCGUGUAACUAUGACUAUUAUCGUUCACCCCGUUCACAUUACUGCUGUUUAUCUGUCACAGCUGCUACCUCUACAAGGGUUGGCAUGCUUUAAUUAAUAAUAUUAUUGGGUAUCACCGUAUUAACCAUUUUAACGUCGGAAAAAAGAGAGAAAGAGAAAAGCUACUACUGCGCGACUGUUCAUUGUUGACUUAUCAUCGCACUUCAAGUGAGUUCGUAAACGUGUAUCGUAUACAAUAGCGAUGUCGAUUUUUUCUCGUUUCGACUAAUACGCCAAUGAUUAAUCAAUUACGGUGGGGUGAAUUGAAGAAGCGAACGAGAAAAGACGAAAAAGGAUAAAUGGUGUUUAUAAUUUGUAAAUAAGUAUUUGUAAGAAGAAAGAAUGCGAGCUUCUCUUUGUGAUGUGGCGGGUCGCACCAAUUUUGGCGGAUCGUCGUCAGUCUUAAAGAAUCCAGACUCGAUUCUUUGGUCAUAGUCAGUAUUACGUUGAUGCAGAAAGAUUUCGGUUACACUUUUGAUACUUUUUUGUGGCAAUUGGAAGAUUCGAUAAUGUUUAACAUAAAUGCAUUAUAACGGAGUUAUAAAUUCAGUAAUUCUAGAUACCUGUAUAUUACGCUCAUUACGUAAUUUUUCUCGUUUAAAUUCAGUUGAUAUAUGGCUAAAUAAACGAAUUGAUUAGUUAAGAAGUGUAACCUGUAAUGCGAGUUGAUAUGGAAGGGAUCGGAAAAAGUGCAAUCAAGAAUCAUUCGAUGAAGACGAUACCAGUGAUCUUUUUCGUGUUCUAUAAGAUUUUAUUUGAUAAUUUUUAAAAAUGAUUGCAUAUAACCUUUCAAUUUAUCGUUGAUCGUACAUUUUCUCUUAACCUGAUUACGUACCUAACUUCUUAUAUCAUUUUGUAAAAAAUCAUUUUGUUACGUGCCUUGACAACUUUUUAUUUAAAAUAAUAUUUCUAUUAUAUCUAGUGGUAAAUAUCAUUGGUUUCGUGUUCAAUCUUGAUAUUUCAUCGAAUUAAGAAAACAAGAUUUUAAGUGCAAUAAUCGAAUAAAGUAUGUCAAUUGCAUUGCACUCGAUUUUUCGCGAAGGGUCAGUAUCCCAGUACAGUGAUAUUUAGAAUUUAUUAAACAUUAUAUGCUAUUAAAUUCAUUGUAAUAUCGUUAAUAAGUUAUUUGCGUAUGGUUUAGCAUAAUGCUGCGAUAAUUUGUUCAUUACCAGUGUGACCAGUUGGUGAUUUGCACUAGUCGAUAAUCCUUGUUAUAAAAAAAUGUUAUCUGGGUUAUUUUUUUUUAUUAUGAUUAUUAUUGAUUUGAUUCUUUAUUAAUUUUUCAAUUGUUAUGAAUAAUAUAUACAAUUUUUUACAUAAUGCGAUGAACCAAGUUUGUCGAUGUAUGUGUACGGCUUUGUUAUUUUUAUUUAUCUAAGGUAUUUCAAAUAAUAUUUCGAGUACUCACAGAUUCUACAAUUGUGAAAUACAAAAGUUCUAAGGAAGUAAAUAUUUAAAUUUAAAAUGCCUUAGAUAAAAUAAGUUGAUAUAAGUUUUAAUAAUCAUUCACAUCUCUUGAUCGUUUUAUUCAUCUUGCACUGUAACUUACCUAUGAAUGUUUUUAUGAAAAAAGCGACAAAUGCCUGUCACUGUAUCGUUGUUAAAUCAAUUGAACACAUGAUUUCAUCAUAAAACAAACUAAAAAAUUAACAGUGCGUGUUCUUCUCUUUGAUAAAAAAGAAUCCAACUUUAUGAUCAAUUGUAUGACCGUGCUAAUAAAAUACGCUACGUUAUGACAACUAGUCAGUAUAAAAAAAUGUCUUACGAUUAUUUUUCUAUUCUCUAUCAACAUCAUUAUACUUUAAAUCCAUAUAUCUAUUCUAUUUUCCAAAUUCAGAAUGAUUCAUGAACUUGUCAUGUAUUUAAAUUGUUUCAGAAAAAAAACAUUUAAAUCAUUUUUAUAAAUAAACGUAAACUUUUGAUCGAAUUGAACAAACAGCAGUGACACUGAUUUAUAUAACAACUAAAAAAUUUAGUUUAUUUUCAUUGUUUGCUUUAUAAUUUAUAUCUUGAGAUAUUUCCGUGGCGAUUGAACCACAGUUAACUAGCACGUGUCGCGUGCACUGAUAUUCAUCGAUUUUAUGAGCACAUUUUUGUCCUUGACGCUAAUUGUUGCGUAUAUAUACACACACACAUACACACAUAUAUAUAUAUAUAUAUAUUUAUUUACUUACCUUGUUACUACGCUCUUGUGCGUCUUUCGCACAAAUUUAUGUUCGCUAAGGAGACAGAGCACUGAGAAGCAUAAGGCAACUCGUAAAGAAGGAAUGCAGAAAUGAAAGGGCAGAUUUUCGAUACGAAGUGAGAAACGAACGUUAAUUAUCAAAGUAUACGCGCAAAACAAAACGGAUGUCGGGGAGUUAUACUUAUGUUAAGGACUAUCGAUAUCAGUCGCGUUUAUAGGCAAAUUAAAUAAGGAGUAAAAUGAGAAUUACGAUUUUUACCACUGCUAUGCAAUUAGAACGUGAUAUAAUGUAUAUAAAAGAGGUAGCGGAAUGAAAGAUCAAUUAUUUACGUGAGUGAAGUGUGACACGCAGCAGACACGAGAUGAGAAUAAAGUAAACAAAGUAGAUGCGUGACGGUAUGAAAAGGCGUAAAAGACUUUAUUGUGGAAAUAUACUUUAAUCAGCACCGUGUAAUGAGAGUAAAUGAUAAAAUUUAGAAAAUAGCGACUAGUCAGACGACAUUUACGAUUAAACUUUGAGUUAAGAUGAAUAACGGAAAAAAAUUAUGUAUACACAACAUUUUUCGUUAUUUUGUUCUUCAGCGUUUUUCACGAUUAAAAAGCUCAUAAAUUGCGUCUACAUAUAAAGCGGUUGUUGGCUGGCGCCGCCUUCUCGAGGUCAAAGGUUAUUUCGGCACAGAAAAACAUAUAACAGAAAGUCGAUGAAGUAAAAAAGAAAGACAGCAUCACUGAAGAAAACGAUAAUGGUGUAUACCUGCUUGUUAUCGUUCGUCGGAAUGAAAAAAAAACAUUAUCUGUGUGUGCUCCAUGCGCGAUGAUGGCCAACUGUUGCUGAAUUUGUAACGAUGAGCAUUGCCUGUCGAUACGUCGUUACCUUUUCGUUACUUUUUAUCAUUGACAUGAUUAUAAUUAUUAUCACUAUUGUUGCGGUUGAUAAAGUUCUACGGUACAUAAGUUCAGCAAUAUGCUUUAACUCAUAAGUAUAAAUGUUACUCUGAUUGAAUAAAGCGUAUUUAUCGAUGAAACAAUAA